AUGUACAUAAAUGGAGACGUUCUGAAGGAUUCACUCGACGAAAAGAUCACCGUCUCCUCUGGAACUAAGAACUAUGUCAGGAGCUUGGAGCCCGGCUCAUUUUCGGUAUUUGACCGUGAUCCGGAAGAACAGGAUCAAAAUGAUUUCAAGCGAUUCUUACUUGGCCUUAACCGUUCCCAAGUUUCUGAUGGCAUAAUCAGUGAGCAGGUGAAAAAAGUGACCGAGGGCAACCAACCUCGGAAGCUGCGAGCGCAGUCUCUUUCCACAAGUCCACUCCAUGGCGGAUAUCGGACGCUGCCUGGAAAACGAGAGCGGUCAAUUCCAGAAUCAAGCAGAGAUAUCAAUCCCAGGAAUAUGCAACAAAAUAUGGAAGGAAAGAUCACUGAUGGUCGCAUUUACGUCAGACCAAAUUCAAGUGAUGGCUCCUCAAGCUCAACUUUGGAUAAGGGUGCUCGGUCAACCAACGCUCGGGUUUCCAGUAAUCUACCCACAGUCAUUGGACGACUCAUUUCGCCUUCAUCUCAGGACGACUGCAUAUUUUUCCCGCGGUCCCAAACAGGCAGUCCAAAGAAUAGUCCGCUUGGACAUACUGACCCGUUAGGCCAUAGUCCUUCCAUUGAAAUGAGGCCAGUGAAAGACGUACCGAUUCCAAAUUCACGCACAGUCCGGGAGGGAAUCCUGCGAGAGACCCACAUGACACCUACGCCAACAGUGCAGCCGAGGGCCCGGGGCAAUAUGUGCACCUCCGGUCAAAGUACAACGGCACUAGGAGGUUUGGCGGGUGGCCGUGCUUGUUCUCAAUCUCGUCCUGAGCAGUCAAAAACAAUGUCAAAUCCGUCUGAUGUUGCCGAAAUCAAGUCUCCUAUCUCUCAAGAGAACGGUCAGAGCACUCUGGAGGAUCGUUCCGCACGCAGCAAAGUGGCUACGCCAACGACUGCCUACCCCACCGGUGUCUUCAAAAAUAGCGCUGCGGAGGCAGUUAGAAAUUCCCCACUGAAAAAUGCCAGUCGCAGCCCCUCAGCCGGGUACUCGGCUAAACCAGUGGUAUUCCUGGAAUACGGCAAUCUCUAA